UAAUUGUCACAUUCAUGUCCACUGAGACGGUCGAGUGAAAGAAGCAGAGAGAGCUGCGGGUAAAGUACACUGCUACACAGCACAACUUCCUGGAUGAUAUGAUGGAGAGACUUUUGACUUUAGUGGAGCCGGUGGUGAUCAUCCAUAAACUGGGAACCUCCUUUUUUGAGAUGUCCCUCACACUGACUGUGUAUAAUCGCUCGCUGGAAAUGGCAGACGGACAUGCUGACCAGGCCCAAGCGGCAUCCUCACGUUUCUUCCUCAUUCACUCCAUCAUCUCUGCCGUAGCAGCCAUGCUGUCCAUCAUCCCGCUGGGCCGCGUGGUGGACCGAAGGGGUCCUAAGGUGUUUCUGGUGUUCUCUCAGCUGGGCUCAGUCUUGGGCAUGUGUUUCCUGCUUGUUUUCCUGUUCUGCAGGUUACCUGUGGAGUUUCUUUUCCUGGGCUCUAUGGUAUAUGGCCUCAGCGGGGGCACUCCGGCCUACUGGGCCGGCGUGGUGGCUUUAGCGGCCCUCAGCUCCAAACAAAAACACCGCACUCUGAAGAUCAAUGUCGUGGAUCUCUGUUAUGGGAUUGCAGGGGUGCUGGGUGGUUUUGCAUCUGGGUACGUGUACCGGAUAGGCCAAAGAGGAGUAGUCCUGCUUGGGAUGGCCAUUUCCCUCAGUGUAGUCGGGCUCCUGUACUCCACUUUUCUCCUGUCCAGCUCGGGGCAAAACAACGAUGAGAAAGAGCUGCUGCUGUCCCGAGCAGGGAGAAUGGAAAGAACAGACAAAUCGUCAGUUGGUCUGCUGAUGUUGGCCAUGGUGCUGUUCAUGCUGGGCAUGAUUGGAGCAGAGAACGUUCUGACACUCUAUGUGCUGAAGCCUCCUCUGAGCUGGAACUCGGUAUGGGCAGGAUAUGGCAGGGCAGCCACUGAUGCCAUGUACUUGACCAGCUUCUUGGGGGUCCUGGUGCUGUCUGGGGUCCUGGGGGACACAGCCCUUUCUCUGCUUGGGAUUAUCUCCAACUGCACCGGGAUGGCUAUCAUGGCAUUUACAGUGGAGAGCUGGGUCUACUUUAUGGCUCGAGGAAUAAUGAUGUUUGCCUGCGUUCCCAUGCCGACGCUGCGAGCGAUGCUUUCCAAGGUUCUGGAUGCAGAGCAAUACGGCCGUAUAUUUGGGCGGCUGCAGUUGGCGCUGACUGUGACUGAACUCCUUUCUACAGUGUUCUUCACCUCCAUCUACCCGCUCACUCUGGACUCGUACAGCGGCCUCUGCUUCCUCCUGUCCUGCGCCAUCAGCUACCUCAGCGUCAUACCAAUCCUGUACUUGAAGUUCAGGCAGAGGAGGGAAGAGUAUCCAGCCAUAUGAGAGUGCUUUAUACUGCACAGGCCAAAGCGGAUCUGACAUUCUAGAAGCCGCCAACACCAUAAA